AGCAUACCUCUGAAGCUGCGAUUAUGGCCGACAUACCUCUCCAGCUGCUAUUAUGGUGAUUUCACUUGUGGAUUGCAUGUCACAGCAGCAGCAUGGCCUGGUUAUUUGCUGAAAGGCUCCUACUUUGCCUGUGAUCGCUAGGAAGGUAGACAGAAAUUAAUGCUAAUGAUCGUCGUCAGGUCUUUGAACACAGUUAGCUCGCUGCGGGCUUGUCAAGAGAGACGUAGCCACACGGCAGAAGCCCGGUUAUCUCAUUCAGCUAAUAUUUUUUUCCGCAUCAUUUCCUUGCCGGCACGAGAUGGACGGUAGACGAGCGAGACGUCCUAAUUCGCCGGUCACAUCCAACCAUCAGGAAUACGCGUCGAACAUGGCUAGAGUUGACUCCUCGCCUCGGCCACUCUUCAGUCCUAAGUUCCUCCCGCUUCUUCCUAUCCCGGCUCGAAGUCCAAGUCCUAGUCGACUCCCUCAGUACCGAGUAUCAGCGAACGCAGCAGGAAGCAUCAAGCCUCUUAGCUUAGUACCUGAACAACUAGACGAAGCAGACUCACCAGCAACUCCAACACCGCAGCCUGUUCUGAACGAUGACCAUUCCAUGGCUACUUGGGGUCUGCAGAUCGCCGGACGUCUCCGGCAGCUUCGGAAUGUGGCUCGGGGACUGAUGCCGAAGCUGUACAGGCUGUCGAGGCUCGUUGACUUGGGUCCUCAGGACUCUCCCAAACCGCAGGAUCAGGUUUGGAAAUCGGGGAUCGUGCCUGAUUUCCCGAAGCUGUGCACGCACCUGUGGAAGAAGUUUCCGGAACACCCACGGAACCUUCAGCUUGACAAGGUGGAUCGAACUGCUCUCGAGGUGUUUGCCAGCUUCGGCUCUCAUUUCCAAGCCUCCCUGCAGCCCUGGUAUGAGGUGCUGGUCGACCUGGCUCUCUUCCGAGAGCACGCCCUUGUUCUGCUGAAUGAUCUCGCCACCAGCAUUGUCACACUCUCUCCUGGAGUGAACCCUCUUGUGCUUCACUCCUUCAUGCGCCUCUUUUCCGAUUUUGUGCGAGUUAACCUCCUCUCUUUAAGGGCGGGGAAGAGAAUGAUCGUGCAGGUGCAUGCACUGAUAGUGUACUACACCAACAACGGCCAAGUGCCAGAGAUUUACGACAGGGUGCUGCGGUACGUAGAGGCGUACGACACCCCCAUGCUCGGACUGCAGGAGGACCUCAAGACCGUUGCUACCCGGAUCGCCAAGGCUGUGAAUGCCAUUUCUCCGGUGAUCCUCUCAUGGGAAAACACCCAGAAGCUUCGUACUGACGUGUUUGUGAAGCCCUUGGCAUCGUGGCCUGAUGUGGCAUCCGCCCCUCCCCCCUGGGACCUCAUGAGCGAGGAGCUGGUGGAGAUGGAGGCGUACACAGAGUGGGCGCUCUUUGCCCUCCUCACAUGCCCUGUUGAGGUGGUGCGAGGCACCACUGCUGCUGCUGCGCUGAUCAAGACUCUCCUUCACUCGCGCGCAAUACUCCCUCUAUUCAGAGACGAAGUCCUAUGUGUGCACGUGGAGGUGCAGCAGUGGGUGGCGGGGAAGUUGGGGGAGGGGAAGAAGGCAGCCAAGGCGGCGAGACACCACCACAGGCAGCAGGGAGCAGAGGAGGAGUAUCAGCGGCUCAGGGAGUGCUUCCGACUGGUGGGAGACCUAGUAGACACGAGCGGCAUGCACGCAUGCCUGCAGCGCAUGGCGGACUCCCACAGAAGAAGGCGGUUCAUUCUGGGCCACGAGGGCCGGCGACUGCUGCUCAGGCUGGGCGAUCAGCCCACGCUCCUGCCGCCCAUGCUGCAGCUGGUGCGGGCCGUGCUGGCUCUGCUGCGUGCCGAGGUGCACUGGGCCAUCCUGCACACCUCCUGCCUCGCCCAAUCCGCUCCUGUCACGGGCCCGGAAGCUGACUCGGUAGCAGUGUUGAUUGACACCAUGUUCCGCCUCGUGUCGCUCAUUCAGACGCACAUGCUGGCCAUCCAGGCACAUGCGUCCUGGCAGGUGCAGUGGGGUGCGAGGCAGGUGAGAGACCUGAUUGCGCUGCCAGCUGUGCGCCAGCUGGCGAUGAGCGCCCAGCUGGAGGCCUUCUUCCGCGACACGUCAGCGUCCAUGCUGGUGGCCGCCCGGUUCCUCUGCGAUGCUGACGUUGCGUCUGGUGGCGGUGGCAGUGGUGGUGGUGGGAGCAGCAUGGAGUAUGAGGAACGCCUGCAAAUGCACGCCCUGGCAUCGGACCAACUAGCUUGGCACAACAUGAGGGUGGAGUGGCAGCAGCUGCAGCUGUUGCUCUCGUCGCCCUUCACCACAGUCUCAGCCAGAGUGCUGCACCUCGUGUCCGGGGGAGAUGACGGGCCGACUAGUGUGGUUACGGAGUGCAACCGCCUUUACGUCUGGUCCAGGUGCAUUGAUCAGCUACCACAAGUGGUGGACGAGCAAGCAUCCUUGCAACUCAUGUGCUACUAUCGACCACAGAUGACUCAGGUGUUUCGUCAGGUGGUUUUCUCCCCACACAGCACGCCAUCGCACGCCAUAGGGUGGCUCAUGGUGGCCCAAGCCUUCCUGCACAACCUGCCGCACUCACUGCCGGACGAGCACGCCUCCUUGCUGCCCACAGCACUGCAAUAUGCUGACUCUCUGCUGCACGCCGUCAUGGGGGGAGUUGACUCCCUCCUCGCUGCGCUACAGUCGGACCAGGGACUGGCUGGGCUACAGAUGAAGACGCUACCAGCAGCAGCAGCAGUCUUGCUGAGUGCCACCACUAAAACCACGCCCACGCACCAACAGCACCUGCUGCAGCUGCUGCCAGGGAGCGAGAGCCUGCCCCACAACCGAGCACACAUUGCCGGCAUCAGCGCAUCGCUGCACAAGCUAGUGGAUCUCGUAUCGGCCAUUGACAGCCUGCCACCUGUCAGAGUCGCCGACCAUGCAUUCGUGCCCAGAGAGUACUUGAGGGAGCGGUUGACCCGCCACUUGCGCGUGAGGCUCCGCUCCGCCAUCCUCCCCAACGGCCACCUGCAGCGCCCCUCGGCCUUUGAGUCCGCCCUCACGCGCUUCCUCCUCCUGCUGCUGCUCCUGCAGCAGCACUGCUCCCUCGACCUCUCUAGGACCAUCCGCGAGGUGCUUCUGGGGGAGGCGUUUCCCAGGAGGGAGGGAUGGAAGAGGGGGGAAGUGGAGAGGGGAGCGAUGGAGAGAGAAGGGUUGCAAGGCAAGGCAGUGUCCAGCAUUUUGGAUGCGAGGCUGAGGAAGAGCGGCGGGUGGAAGGGGAGAUGGUCAGUGGGGUCGAAACCAGGAAAGGGCGCAGGCAUGGGGAUGGGCACGGGAACGGGUAUGGAGGAUAGCAGCAUGGGGGAGGGAUUCGGGGAAAUGAGGGAUGGUGAGAAUGUAGGGGCAGGAGGGGCAGGAGGGGCAGGGGGGAUGGGGGGGAUGGGGGGGAUGGGGGGGACAGGAGGGCACGGGGAAGCUUCUAGGCAAGUGGAGGAGGGAGGAGGGGAGGGUGGGUUGGGAUGGAGUGAGGAUGGGAUAAGUGGUGGCGAUGACAGCUUUGACGGGCCGAGUGCUGCUGUGAUGAUAGCCCGGUGGUACGUUGACAAUAUCGUUUGUGACUGUAACGAUGCCGGGGUGCUGUUCUCCCCGUUUGAUGCGACGUUUAGAAGCACAGCAUGGGGGGGGAGCACAGCAGCAGCAGGAGCAGCAGCAGCAGCAGCAGGGGGAGGAACAGGAGGAGGAGCAAGGGCAGGCACAGCAGUCACUAGCACCAGCAGUCCAGCCAUAGCCACUCUGGGUGCUUCCGCUGCUGCGUCUACUGCUUCUCCUGCCCAUCUCACCCCCCCUUCCCAUUCCAUCCCUCCCGGCAACCUCACCCCUCCCGUGGCCUCAUCUCCAGCCCUAUUCCCAGGUGCAGCAGCCGCAGCAGGUGCUUUCAGCCCCAUCCUCCCCUUCCCAUCCCCUUCCACCAGCCCCAACCCCACCCUUUCCACUCCUCCCCUUCUCUCCACCCCAUCUUCCUCCUCCUCCCCCACCACUUCGGCUUCCGCCUCUGUCUCGACCUUUGCUUCCUCCUCUGCUGUCUCUCCAUACACUGCUGCUACCGUGUCCUCUAUUCUCUCCUCUUCCCCCAUCUCUCCUAUCCUUAGCUCCCCAAAUGUGACCGCUCCUGGUGCACUGGCUGCCGCUGCAUCAUCAUCAGCAGCAGGAGGAAUCGGAGCAGUGGCAGGAGCAGCAGGGGGAGCAGGGGGAGCAGGGGGAGCAGGAGGGGAGGUGGGGAUAGGGACUCGACCAGUGAUAGCCGAGCUGGUGGCAGAUGGUGCUGAGCUGGCGGCGUUUGUGCGGCUGUUUGGAUUCUACGGGGCCGAUGAGCUGGCAGGGCGGGUGGUGCGGCCGGUGAUCCUGCGCCUGCUCAGCCGGCUCGAGGCGAUCCUCAGAGCGAACCGAGACACUCUCAUGAUGCUUGCUUCCAAGAUGCACCUCUCCCCUCCCUUGCAGAUCCCCUCUGCUGCUGCUGCCGCCGCCGCCACUGCUGCUGCUACUGCCGCUGCUGCUGCGAAUUCCGCUGAGCCUUCAGCAGGAGGGGCAACAACAGCAGCAGCAGCACCAACGGCAGAAGCUCAAGCGGGUACAGGUUCAGCUGGUAAAGUCACAUCCGGUGCAGGCACAACUGGCAGCGGCACGCGCUCAACAGAUGAGCAGCAGCGGGCAGCAGCAGCAGCAGCCAUAGCAGCCCCAGCAGAGGAAGCCCUCUCCAUCUGUAUCCAAAUCGGGCACUGCCUCUCCUUCCUCCACGUCCUCUCCUCCUCCUGCUCCGCCACCCUCCACCACCACAUCCCCCUCGUCCUCUCAGUUCUCACCUCCACCGCAUCCCACCUCCCCCCGUCCUGCCCUGAAAGCGUGGCUGCAGGACAGCUGAGGAGGGUUGCUGCUAGGUGUGGGGUGGCGGGAGGGGUGGCUGGAGCAGCAGCAGUGGCGGCAGGAGGGGGGGUGGUUGCAAGUGGGAUGGGGGGAGCGGGGGGGAUGGCGGGGGCGGGGGGAGGGGGAGGGGAGGAGGAGGUGGGAGGGGGAGGGGGAGCAGACGGGUCAUUCGCAGAGGUGCUCGAACUACUGAUGGAAAUAGGAGGGGUGGGGGAUGCAGCAUGGGCCAUGCUACCGUUUCUUUUCGCAGUGAUGCUAGGAGGGGAGUCGUGGCUCUCCUGUGCCUAUCUCCCCGAAACGCAGGGGUUUUCGGACAAUGCAAACUGCUUAAUUCGCUCCAUACACGUGCUUUUGGCUGGGUGUGAGCGGGCAGGAGCGGAGCGGAGGGAGUUAAAGAGAGAUCUUCUAGCACAGCAGAGGAUCCUCAGAGGAUCAAAUCGCAACUCGGAAGAUUACGCUGACGAUGACGAGCCGACCGACCUGGUCCGGCUGGCCGGCGGCGUGUGCAGCAUGAUGCGGACGUUUGUGCAGUACGCUGCGAGUUUCAUCUUGAACUCCUGGGAUAAGGGCCCGCGGGGCGCGUGGGCUUCAAGAGUGAUCUUCUUGGACCACCUGUGCCUCUUCUCCCCGCAUUUGCCACGCUCUGUGUUGGAACGCUACCUUCCCUACUCACUCAUCCGAGCUGCUUACGAUGCAUACCACUCCCACCCUCCUCUCCCUCUCCCUCCUCCUCCUCCUCCUCCUCCUCCUCUGCUCUCACCUUCUCCCUCUCCCUCUAGGGUUCCUGAUCCCUCUCCCACCCCAGCUGCUGAUGGAAAAGCUCCUCUGUCUUCACUCCCCUCCUCCUCUUCCCUCUUUCCGCUCUGCAAUCAUCCCUCGGGCCCCUUUGCAGCGAGAAAUGUUCGAGAAAUCAUCCAGCCCCCAUCCCCUCCCCCCUCUUCUCCUCCCCCUCUCUCUCCCCAGCAAAACCCUCUCGACCCAUUUUCUCCUCCACUCUCCUUACCGGGUGCCUUGUCAACCCAAGCUCAGGUGUCCACUGCAGUAGAGGGAUUACCACCCAGCACCGAUCCCAAACAGUCACUCUCCCAACAGUCACAGCUGCAGCUAAGGCUGAAACCACAGGGCCAGCAGUCAGAAGCGGAGGCAGCAGAGCAGCAACGCCCAGCAUACGCGUCUUCGACACUGCUAGAGAUAGCACAGACCAGGGGGUCUGGUGGCGUGGGUGGGGGGCGAGGGGGUCGAACCCCCACUGCCGCUGCUGCAGCCGCUGCAGCCGCUGCUGCUUCUGCUGUUUCUUUUGGCACCGGUAGUGGUGGUGCUGAGGAUGAAGGGAAUUUCUCAGGUGAUUAUUCAGGUGGGGCGUCACCAAGCCAUGCGCCUGCCAUGCGGUGCCUGCCCUCCCCACCUCAAGUCCAGCCCAGGAAGCAUCACCACCAUCACCACCACCACAGCAAGGCGCACUCUCCCUCUGCCUCCUCCCAGAGCCACAUGUCUGGCCAGCUGGUCGAUCCCACGGGUGCAGCAGGAACAGGAGGCACAGGAGGGGCAGGAGCAGCAGCAGGGAGACCCGCACCUGCAUCACCAGCAGUGGCAGCAGCAGCAGCUGCCGCUGCAGCAUCUCUCUCCCUCGCUGCUGCUGCCCCCACCGCUCUCACCCUUCCCGCUGCUGCUGCUGCUGCUGCUGCAUCUGCAGCCCCUGCUGCUUCGUCCUCUGACUACCGCGCCCCUCCCUCUUCUACUUGGACCCAGAUGAAAGCAAAGCCCAAGGCGAAGUCGGGUCAGCUGGUGUAUGGGCUAGCCGGGCGAAUGGGGAAAGCAGGAGGGGGAGGAGGAGGGGCAACAGGCGGAGGCAUGGGGGGAGGGGGGAGAAGAAGCAAUACGCCCAGCAGGAGGCAGGUGCGAUCUGGGCCGUUGGUUUCGGGAGCAUCGCAUGAGGAGAUGGACGUUGGAGAUGCUGCGAUGGACAUGGUCCGAACCACAUCUGCCCAUCCCCGUGCUAGUUCUGCUGCUGCUGCUGCUGCUGCUGGCACUGCGAUCAACCAAGCAUCUGCUGCUGACAGUGCGAACAUCAUUGAUGUUGGUGGUGGUGCUGCUGCUGCUGCUGCUGGGGGUACUGCUGGUGCUGCCGGUGCUGGUGAUUGGGAGUACUCUGACGAUGGGUUUGAUCAAUUCGGGGAGGGGGACGAAUUCUCUCCAGCAGAUGUCUUCGCAGAGAUUGGCCGCGCUGCUGCUGCUGGCAGUGGGGGGGGAGUUGGCCAAGGCACCUGGGAGACCCAAGAUCGAAUGGCGGGAGGAGGAAAGGGGGGAGAAGACGGGUCGGGAGAUGCUACUGCACGUCGCAUGCCGGCAUCGAGGAUCAAAGCGGCAGUGCUAUCAGCCCUGGGGCUGGGGCGGAAAUCUGGAGGGAAAGACGACCUCCGCCCCGCUCCUUCCGCCUCUUCUGCUGCUGCUGCUGCUGCUGAUGCAUUCAUGAGCGCUAGUGGUGGUGGUGGUGCUGCUGCUGCUGGCAGUGGCGGUGUUGCUGUGCGUGCAAGCACGGGUGGCGUUGGCUGGAGGGGCUUUAGUGGGAAUCUCAAACCCUUGUCCCCCGGAAGGAACAAGCGACAGGACCUGGGAGGACAGGGUGGAGGACCGGGAGGUGAGAGGGGGGGAGGGGGGGUAGAGGCAGUGGCAGGGGCAGCAGCAGGAGCAGGGGCAGGGGCAGGGGCAGGGGCAGGGGCAGGCGCAGGGGCUUGGGGUUUCGACUGGACUUUGAACGACAUGCAGCAGCAGCUCCGGCAGCAGCUGCAGCAGCACCUGGACGGCCGCCGAGCCUCGCAUGGAGGUAAGGCAACAGGUUCGGCAAGUGGAGUGUUGUCGGACGCAGGUUCGGUAGGGGCUGGUGGUGGUGGUACUGGGGUUAGUGCGCAUGCUGAAGCCCCAGAAAUGAGCUCCCGGGCUCAGGCGAAUGCAGCCAUUGCAGCUGCAGCAGCUGCUGCUGCCAUUGGACUCGUGCCUCCAUCACUCCAAUCAGCAACAGAAGCAGCAGCAGCAUCACGGCAAGAGGGUGGCAUGUCUGCAUUGCUGCGCGCUAGCAGCAGCAACAGCCGCAUGGGUGCCAGCUCCACCCAAGGGAAUCACUCUCUGGAGCUUCGCAAGUUUGGUGUCUCUGCCUCGGCCCCUCUGGAUCCCCGUCUUGUUGCUGCUGGCGCCGCCCCUGCCUUCCCUGCUCUUCCCCCGGGCUUCCCUGUUGCUGCUGGCUUUCCUGCUGCCCCUGCUGCUGCUGACCCUGCUGCUGACCCUGCUGCUGCUGACCCUGCUGCUGCUGCCCCUGCUGCUGCUGCCCCUGCUGCUGCUGCCCCUGCUUCUGUUGCUGGGCUUCCUGCUGACUCUGCUGCUGGCAACACCACGAUACCUGUCCCUGCUCCUACUUCUGCUGCUCGUUCCUCCUCCCCUGCUCGUGCCCAAGCUCCUCCAGCAGCACCCUCCCCUUGUUCCUCUGGUUUCCUGAGGCGGAUAGAGGUGGAGAGGGUGGAGGGAUUAACGUUGCAUGAGCUGGACGCUAAGGUGCUGGGGCUGAAGAGCCUGAAUAUUCCCAAGGGGAAGGACAGGACAGAGGACGAGGUGUUUGACGAGGUACUUCCCCUGAUUAAAAAGCUAGAGAAGUGAAGUAACCCAAGUGAUUUCCAGAGGCUUUUUUGAGGAAUUGGGGUUCCUUGAGCUACUUGCUUGAGCUACUUGCGCAAGGCUUUUUUUUCCAAAGGGCAGAGAGAAGAACCAAUAUUGGUUCAUUCACCUUGCUUGGUUCCCCUACAAUGUGAUAGUGUAUGUGAAUGCAAUAGGCAACGUCUGAACCCUAUACCCUAAGCCCUGAACAAUAUGCCGAACCACGACACAGUGCACACAGCAUGUGCCAAUUGCUCUUUUUGCUUCCGCUCCCAUUU